CUCGUCUCGUGGCUGGCUGCUGGUCCGGAUAUAAACACGUCAUACAAAGAGGCGGGGACAUUUCCAGGAAAUCGAGUGGGAAAAUCUUUCUCUUAGUUUACUAUCAACGUUUGUUGACCUGACGUCAGUUAAGUUAACCUAAUCAAGUGAAGCUGUAAGCUGUUUCCAAUACGAAGUUGUAUAAAUAAGUUUCGUUGCCAUCAUAACACAGCCGCCAUUACUGUAAAGGGCUUCGGGAAAAAGGUACUUGUACCACUCAACUCUACUUUAACUACAACGUCGAUUAUCACUGGGUGCAGCGAAAGAAAAAAAAGCAUCACUUCACAGUCCCCACCCCCCUUUUCCCCUCCCAGUACGCAAAGAUGAGAGCCACACUACAAGCGCCUGAGAACGUGCUACAUCUACAACAAACUUGUAACGACAGCCAGCGUCCGUUAAACCAUACAGUGUUGAAAACAAUGUCAGUCAUAAAAAUGAGUUUUUUAAUAAGCUGCAAUGAGCAUUUAUUUGGAUUCCAAUUCUAUCGAGGGGUGAAAUUCAAAAGCGAAAUCGUAAAAUAACAAUAGAUCCACAAGUGAUAUAAACGUAUUUUUUACUAUAUUGUUUAUCUAAAAACAAUUAGACAAAGUAGACGUGAUUCUGUAGUAAAGGUUUAUAUAUACAAGUCAUUCUGUGCUGAAGGUUUAUUUAUAGCAGUGAUUUUAUGAUGAAGGUUCAUUUAUAGAACACUAAGAUGAGCAGUGCUGGCACUUGUCCGUGCCACUUGGACUGGUCAACUGAUAUUCACGGUGCCAGACGGGAGCCUGUCAACAACGAGAAGGCCUGGCUUAUAUUCGCAGUGCGUCUGCUGUCUAGAACCGUCGUUGGGAAGGUCAACGGUCAGGAGACGGUGUGGAGCCAGAGGUUUAAGCCGAGCUGGUGGGACCAAGAGGUGGGGCUGGCCUGGAAAAAUCCAACCACCAAUCCUAAAGACACGAAGCAGGUUUUGAUGAAGAAGUUUGAAGCGCUACAGAAACAUCUUAAAAAUGAAGGGAAAUUUCCGGAGGUGUUGGAAGGGGAGUCGAGACUAUGGAACGCUGGGAAGUUUUCAGAUUUGUUUUUCAUGACGUCAGUUCUGGGCGUGCUGGAGAAAACGAUUGACCUUCACAGCGCCGUGACCCAGCUGUGUGCCAGGAAAGGUUCGAGAAUUUUCCCAGACCUGACUCUGGUUGGUAGCAUCAAAAAAUGUCUGGCUGCGACGUUGUUAAAGCUGGAUCAGCUUGGGACGUCAGACUGUGGUGUAAACAGCAGGACGUUCUCAAAGCUGGGUCAGCUAGGGACGUCAUACAAUGCUGUAUUAGAGAAGCCAGACAGUGUUGUAUUAGAGACGUCAAAUAGUGGGAUAUCAAAGACGUCUUGCAGUGAUGUAUCACUUGCGUCAAACAUUGCUGUAAACGGCAGGACUUUCUCAAAACUGAAUCAGCUUAGGACGUCAAACAGUGGUGUUUUAGAGACAUCUGGCACUGAUAUAUUAAAGACGUCAAACAUUGCUGUAAACGAUAGGAUGUUUUUAAAGCUGGGUCAGCUAGAGACGUCAUACAAUGCUGUAUUAGAGAAGCCAGACAGUGUUGUAUUAGAGACGUCAAACCGAGCAGUAAACAGCAGAAAGUUCUCAAGGGUGGUUCAGCUAGAGACGUCAUACAAUGUUGUAAGGGGCAUGACUUUCUCAAAGCUGGGUCAGCCAGGGACGUCUUACGCUGUAUUAGUGACAUCAGACAGUGCUGUAAAUGGAAGUACGUUCCCAAAGUUGGGUCAGCUAGGGACCUCAGACAGUGCUGUAAACGGAAGGACGUUGUCAAAGUUGGGUCAGCUAGGGACGUCAGACAGUGCUGUAAACGGAAGGACGUUGUCAAAGUUGGGUCAGCUAGGGACCUCAGACACUGCUGUAAACGGAAGAACGUUGUCAAAGUUGGGUCAGCUAGGGACCUCAGACAGUGCUGUAAAUGGAAGGACGUUGUCAAAGUUGGGUCAGCUACGGACGUCAGACAGUGCUGUAAAGUGCAGGGCUCUAAAAAGACGAAGCUCACAAUCAUGCGGAAGUUUCAGCGAUGUCAGCACUCACAAGACUCAGAAAGUUGACUCGCCAGCAGUUAAAAAUCCGCAAGUUGGAAAAUCAGAAUGCAUAGCUAGAAAUGGCUUACGACUUUUUUAACUUGUUUGUUUUUCUAUACGCUGUAUAAGUUUAAAAUAUUUUUUAACGACGUAAUAAACUAUUUAAUUUUAUUCUUUUUUUUUAUAAUAUCUU